UUUGCAGCCUCCGUCAGCUUGACGCCCCUGUUGCCGCUCCGUCUCAGUUCCCGUCAGGGUUUCGUAAUUUCCGUCCAAUUUUGCUAGGCUUUCCUUCCCAACCCCACCCCCUCUCUGGUGGUGCUAGCCGAUCUGGGUUUCCCAACAUCUGCUUUGCAAUCUGCACUGCCAGCAGGCCACCCAGCCAACAGCAUCCCCACCUAAGCUAUUACCAAAUCUCCUACCAUGAGGAAGAAGCUAGACACUCGGUUUCCAGCGGCUCGAAUCAAGAAGAUCAUGCAAGCUGAUGAAGAAGUUGGAAAGAUAGCUCUUGCAACUCCUGUGCUUAUAUAUGUGCAGCCAAGGCCCUAGAGAUUUUCUUACAGGACUUGUGUGAUCGGACGUACGAUAUCACUUGCAAGCGCGGGGCGAAGACUUUGGCUGCGUCUCAUUUGAAACAGUGUGUCGCCUCUUUCAGCGAAUACGACUUUCUGAAAGAUGUCGUUUCCAAACUUCCGGAUGUUGAUGCUCCAGACUCUCCUGACGAUACUCCAUCUGGUCGCUUGAAGAGGAAGCUUUCUGACGAUGAUCAAGAACCUGUUUCACCAAGAUUUAAGGAUUCGAAGACUACAAUUCGUGGAAGGUCAAACGGCUGCAACGAUGUGGUUAAGUCGGAGGUCAAGUUAAAGAGCUCCAACCCUCACGCAAGUUCGAAAGCUGAAGGUUCCAGUGGCUUUGGUCAAGGCUUGAGGAGGCGAGAUGAAGCAGAGGAUGCUAUCAAGCCGACGAAGAAGUCAAAGGCCACGUCUGAUCAGCCAAGGCCUGCUUUUAAGGUGAUUUGCAAAGUGAAGAUUCCCAAGAGGACUGACUAUGAUGCUGAGGAAACCCCGAGUGCUGCAGCCCAGCCGAAGAUGGAGAAGUUGGGAGCAGUGACGACAGAAGCAAGACCAGUCAAGAGGGAGGCGGAGUCCAGUCCACGUGGAUUCGACCUGAAUUUUGACCUGAAUGCUGAGCCCCCUGAAGAUGCAGCAUGCAAGGAUGAUUGUCUUGAUGGCCAAGCCCCUGGAGAGUCGGAUAGUAAUGGCUGUGUAGCCCAUGGGGUUGAGUGCCAUGAAAAACAGUCUGCUGAUGAUUGUGCUCCCAAUCAGAAAGGUGUCGUGGUCGCUCCUGUCCUUAGAAAUUGUGUCACGUACGAUAGUGAGGAUGAUUACGACUGUGAUGAUGGUGCAUAGAUCUGUCAUGGACUUCGUCUAAUAUAA